GCACAACCCAAACAUUGUGUCGUUUGACUAAGAUAGUACAGGACGUGUAGCUCCACUUCUAUAUAUACGGAUAGAGAAGUGAGAUCUAUAUAGAGGUCCUGAUAUACAACGGUUUGGUGUAUAACGGGCCUAUGUCUGUGUAGUCGACCAGGUGUUGUUUUAAAGAGUUUUACUAUACAGUAUAGACUAUGCCUGAGUGUGGGGAUAUAGAUGUUUUGACCCCAACCGCUCUCAUGACCAAUACAAUAUUACCAGGUGGACGACGGAGGUUACAACUGUCUUUGGAUUUUUCAUCGUUAACGGAUUCUGAAGACUUUCAUGUGCCCAAAAAGCUCUGUAAAUUGGAAUCAAUGAGUGUGUCAUUAACUGGACCCUUAAAAUUGAACUCUUUGGCCCCUACUCCAGCCUCCUGGCGGACCAUACAGCCCCAGGAACUGGCUACAAGACUCAACAAGAAUCAUAAAACGUGUCUUCUGGUGGACUGCAGAUCUUUCAUCUCUUACAAUGUAACACAUAUUCAGGGUGCUGUCAAUGUCAACUGUUGUGACAGAUUCAAUAGGAAACGACUUCAGCAGGGGAAAGUGACUUUAGUUGACCUCAUCAAUUCUAAGGAAGCUAAAGACCAGUUUAAACGUCGAGGGUCAAAGGAAGUGAUUCUUUACGACGACAGUACAAAAGACUUACAUCAACUUCCCAGUGAUAGUUCGCUGUAUCUCGUGGUGUCUUCGCUACUAAGAGAAGGCAAAGAAGUCAUGGUUCUACAAGGUGGACUCCAAGCCUUCCGGUCCCAAUACAGUGAACUCUGUCAUAGUGGGGUCAAGAUCGUCGAUUCCCGUCCACUUUACUCUCCGACCACGGGGAUAAUUGAACCCCAAAUCGAGGCUGCCGAGGCGACACAAAUAUUACCGUUUCUUUACCUGGGAAAUGAACGUGAUGCGGCGAACUAUAAGAAGUUGACCGACCUUGACAUCACCUACGUGCUAAACACGACCUCGACCGUUCCAAAACACUUCGAAGGCCAAGGCAUUACUUAUAAGCGCAUCCCGGCCUCGGACAGUGGGGCCCAGAAUCUCCAGCAAUACUUUGAAGAGGCUAUCCAAUUCAUAGAGGAAGCCCGUCAGAAGGAAGCACGUGUUCUCAUCCACUGUCACGCGGGCGUCUCGCGCUCGGCCACCAUCACCAUCGCCUACCUCCUCACUCGCUCAUCUCUCAGUCUCAUGGAUGCGUACCGCUUUGUAAAGGGACGCCGCUCCAUCAUUUCUCCCAAUUUCAACUUCAUGGGCCAGCUCAUGGAAUACGAACAGUCCCUCAACAGCGGGUCAUGCUCACGAGUACUUACUCCAAAAAUUGUGUAACAUCCUCAUUGAUCAACACUUUGAUAUGGACACAUUCUGCAAUAAACAGAAGAACGCGAAACGGUGUCGCACACUUUUAAUUGACGUUAUCUGAAUGUGUAUUUGGUGCAAAACGUCACGUGGACGUAGAAUGUGGAGAGGACACAUUCUCACGUGGACUAUUUCAGGACAUGCUCCAGGAAAGGGAUAUAGACGUUUAUCUUAAUGCAAAGUAUCUUUAUUUCAUAAUCAGUGAAUUGAACUUCAUGUUUUUCACAAACUUUUGAGAUGUCCAUGGAUAUAUAUAUAUAUAUACAAUGUAUAUAUAAUGUUGAUUUCCGGUUAGAGAUUAAGUGGUAACAGUUAUCAUUAAAUAACUAAAUACACUGUUCGACACUCUCAGGGCGACCCAAUGUUCACACUUUGCAUUUUAUUCUCACAGUAUGUAUAAUUGUGACAACGUGAAAUCCAAUUAUUAAUUUAUAGAUCGGUUAACUUACGUAAGCUUAUUAUAUAUGUAAAGAAAUCUCAACACUAGAACCAAUUAAUACUCCAUUUAUUCAAUCUUUAAUAAAUGACCAAUUUUCAAAAAUUAGAAAUAUUAAAUCUGAUUGUAACGUAAACUGAAUGUCUUAAUACACAUCGAUUAUUGACGUAUAACAUGCUUGUCAUGCGAAAGGAAGUCAUUCAACCCGGCAUUCCUCGGUUAAAAGAUGACCAAUCUAUUUACAAACUACCUCUUGUCCAACUUAGUCAGCAAACCGGAAGUUAUGACUUGGUGCGCCUGCAUUUAAUGUCGGCAAAUGUUUACUUCCGGUCGGAAUCACCGAGCUGGCCUUUAUUACUAAUUAUUACUAAUUAUUACUAACUAUGCAUCACGCCUGGAGGUCGUCGCCGCCGCGACCGUUACUGGCGGGUCCCAAAGAAAUAUAACACAUGUACAUAAUUAGUAUAUUUAUUGAAUCAUUCCUAAAUAUAUGUAUACAAAGAGAGGAAGAGGUAUGCGAGAGGUUCCUAAUGUUACUAGUCAUAAAGAUGUAGCGGUGCUCCGGCGCUGUUCCCACGGGUGUGUGGUAAUCAAUUAGCCGUGUGUGACGUCAUCGUGUUCGUGGAAGUUAGAAUUGUUAUGUGUCGAUGGAAAUACGAUAUAGAUAUUAGUGUAGAGAAUGUGUCCAAUUGUGACUGUACUUCAAAUGUUAUUUUUCUUCAGAAUUACUUUAAUAUUUUGAAAUAUUUUUAAAAAUAAAUAAUUCAGUACAGAAAUGAUUAGGAAAAUUAUUUUUCUUCGGAAUUACUUUAAUAUUUUGAAAUAUUUUUAAAAGAAAUAAUUCAGUACAGAAAUGAUUAGGAAAAUUAUAUUUCUUCAGAAUUACUUUAAUAUUUUGAAAUAUUGUUAAAAGAAAUAAUUCAGUACAGAAAUGAUUAGGAAAAUAACAUGUUUUUUUUUCCAUAUUUCUUUUCUCCCUGAAGUAUUUCACCGCGUAAUUCUUUUUUUUUUCAUUUAACUUGAAAAUGCAAUUGUAACAAAUAAAUGUCAUUUCCUUUUGAAGUUUAAUAUCCAUACGUUUGUAACAGACAGUAUUAUUCAAUGCAUUUCUUCAGAUUAAGUCUUUCUAGACUAGAUAAUUGGCAUUAGAUACGUUACUGCUGAACACUAGACAACAUAGUAUUUUUUAUAUUUAUAGACUUACGUGAACUAUUUUCUAUUUGAACAUUUGUGUUUGAUGUCGUUACUUGUGUCCGAGUGCGUGUUUUGUGUUUGAAUGUCAAAGUCAGAGAAAUCAGACUUUUUUGUGUACUCUAAGGAAUUUGACCGGGUAUCCGACUCAAAAAAUUUAAGUCGUUUCGAUGAAAAUGACUUAAUAGAAAAUAAAAUAUGAAAAAGAAAACAUA